UACUAUAUUAUGUAUAUUUCGGUAUCACGUUUAACAAUUUGAUGCGCUCGUCGGAAUUCGAAAAUUUCGCGGUACCCUCCAGCGUGGUGAUGCUUUUAUUUCUUUUAACAAUUCCCAUCGCGUAAAGAACUCGUCGUAUAUCGUUGCCCUUGUCAGCUGCUUCCGUUGCACUUUAGAUGCAAUAUAUUACAUUAAGGACAGAAAAUGGAGACAGUCUCAAGGAUGCCAAGCCUAGAAUCAAGAAAGGUCACCCAGGGAAAAGAUACUUUCUCAUUGUUGCUCUAUUGGGAAUUCUCUUCUUGGGAUACAUAGCAAUUGCAUAUGACCUAAGGCCGGCGCGUCUUGGUAGCAAGGCGAUCGACACAUUGGCCUUUUCUUUUAAUCUCCAAAAACCAUUCCACGUCGUGGUGAUCGACGCAGGCUCUACUGGGAGCCGAGCCCUCGCUUUCAGUUUCCACGAGUCGAUAAUCGGUGGAAAUUUAAUUUUGGACGAGGAAUUAUACACGGAAACGAAGCCAGGCGUUAGCUCUUAUUCAGAAAAGCCUAAGGAUGCCGCGAAGUCAUUAACGGUAUUGCUGGACAAGGUGAAGAGUGUGAUUCCGCGUUCGGAAUGGCAGCACACGCCCCUCAGUAUGAGGGCCACCGCUGGAUUGAGACUUCUCCCUGGGCACAAGGCUCAAGAGAUACUUCAAGAGUGCCGGAAGAUGUUUGAAACAAGCGGCUUUCAAAUUUCAAAGAAUUCGAUUGCCAUAAUGGAAGGUACGGACGAAGGCAUCUUCUCCUGGUUUACAGUCAAUUUCCUCUUAGAUCGAUUUAAUACGCACAAUCCCGGUAGCACAGUAGCCGCGUUAGAUCUCGGCGGAGGAUCUACGCAGGUGACUUUCUCGCCAAGUCCCGAACAGGAGAAGAAACUCGAUGGACAUAUAUACUCUGUUAAUAUCUUCAGCCACAACAUGAGUGUUUACACGCACAGCUACUUGGGUAUGGGCCUUAUGGCGGCGAGGAAAGAGAUUCUCACGCACGGAUUGAAUUUGGAUAACUUGAGCACGAAAGACACGGUCGAGAUACGAGCCGAGUGCGUGAACCCGAUCGUCUCCGCCGAGUGGAGUUACGGCGGCGUUAAUUAUCUCGUUAAGGGGCCGGUGAACGGUACCCACAAGCUGGUGAAGACGCAGAACUUCGCCGGCGGCGAGGAAGACAGGCCGAUCGUCAAUUUCGCCGAGUGUUUGAAAAUUGUUGAAAAAUACGUCGGCAAGAUUAAGAACAAGCCGGAAGGGUUGAAGGAUCACGAGAUCUACGCGUUCUCCUAUUACUUCGAUCGUGCCACAGAGGUUGGCUUGGUCGAUCCAUUUUCCGGUGGCGUGAUCCAAGUUAGCGCGUUUCUAAAGCAAGCGAAGGAUGCUUGCGAUUACCCGAAUACCGACCAGCCCUUCAUUUGUCUUGAUCUAACGUUCAUUUAUGUUCUCCUCCGGGACGGAUUUGGACUCGAGCCUACUACGCGACUUUAUGAGGCUUGGAAUUUGGAAUGGACUAUGGACGGACACGACGCUGGAUACUGGGGUGAGUGCAUGCGGUUUCCGUUUCAUUAGAUCAUCGGAGAAACUUGCAAUUAAUCAAGAGUAUAACCUGCUAAUUAAAGCUUGCAAACACGUUAAACGUGCCCGGCAAUUAUCAUUCAUUGUAUUAAAUGCUAAAUGGUUUUGAUGAAUCAUGUAUAUGUAUGUAUGAACGUACGUACGUCUGUUCCCAUCUUUUUUAAAGCAGCGACAUAGUUUCCAUAGUCUAUUAGCAAAGCGAAUUUCGACCUCAACGGCUAAAUAUGCACGAAGAAAGUAAAUGAGUCUGCUGUUUCUAGUUAUGAAUAAAUAUCUAUUUAAUGAACUAAUGGAAAGUAUCAAACGAUCAAUGUCCGUUUUGCGACGUUAAUUAGGGAUUUAUUAUUUAUCGGCUCGUGGAUUGAUGAUGAUUCAACCAGUUUUCAUGAUAGCUCGUUUAUAUUUCAAUAAUUAUAGUUUUGUUUAAAUAUGUUUGAAUACGAUUGAGAUUUGGGAGGGUUGCAGAUAAAUGAUUAAAUC